CCUUACAAUUAAUCCGAACCUACUUUUCCUGCAUAGUUUUGUACAUCCACCUUUAUAAAUGAUCCAAAUCUCUCCUCCAAAUUUGCUGUGAGGAGGAAAAAACCCAAGUUACAGAGAGAGAACUAGAGAGAGAUGGCGGUGACCCAGAGGCCUCAUGCAGUUUGCAUUCCAUACCCAGCACAAGGCCACAUUGGGCCAAUGCUAAAGUUGGCAAAGUUACUUCACCACAAAGGCUUCUACAUAACCUUUGUCCACACACACUUCAACUACGCUCGUCUUCUCAAGUCCAGAGGCCCCCACUCUCUCUGUGGCUCGCCAACCUUCCGCUUCGAAACCAUUCCCGAUGGCCUCCCGCCACCGCAGAACCCAGACGCCACACAAGACAUCGUCGACCUCUCCAUCUCCACCGCCAAAAACUGCUUGGUACCAUUUCGUAAUCUUUGUAAUAGACUCAAUUCUAUGUCAUCGUCGGACAUACCUCCAGUGUCUUGCAUUGUCCCCGAUGGGUCCAUGAGCUUCGCACUUCAAGUAGCAGAAGAAUUGGGAGUUCCUGGAGUGUUGUUCUGGACGGUGAGUGCAUACUGCUUUUUGUGCUAUCUACACUUCCCUGAACUCAUUCAACGAGGUUUCACACCACUUAAAGAUGCAAGUUAUCUAACAAAUGGGUAUUUAGACACGGUUAUUGAUUGGAUCCCUGGAAUCAAAAGUAUCCGUUUACGAGAACUCCCGACCUUUCUCCGAACAACCGACCCAAAUGAUCGCAUGCUCGAAUUUGCCAAGGGUGAAAUUCCACACUCUCACAAAGCCUCCGCUGUCAUCUUGAACACAUUUGAUGCCUUGGAAAGCGAUGUUUUGGAGUCACUUUCGUCCAUUCUCAAACGUAUCUACACAAUUGGACCUCUACAACUUCUUCUCAACCGGGUCUCAGACGAUGAUACGAAGGCAAUCGGAUCCAACCUCUGGAAAGAAGAUCCGGUUUGUCUCGAAUGGCUCCAUUCACAAGAACCUGAAUCAGUAGUUUACAUAAACUUCGGAAGCAUAACAAUCAUGACACCCAAUCAGUUGGUUGAGUUUGCAUGGGGACUUGCUCAAAGCAUGCAAAAGUUCUUGUGGAUCAUCCGACCAGAUCUCGUCACGGGUGACCUAGUUUUUCCACCUGAAUUUGUGACACAGACUGAAGAUAGAGGCUUGUUAGCAAGCUGGUGUGACCAAGAGCAAGUGCUGAACCAUCCCUCCAUUGGAGGGUUUUUAACACAUUGUGGGUGGAAUUCUACGAUCGAAAGCGUGAGUGCAGGAGUGCCGAUGAGCUGUUGGCCCUUCUUCGCGGAUCAACAGACGAAUUGUAUGCGCAUUUGCACGCAGUGGGAUGUUGGCAUUGAGAUUGAUAGUGAUGUGAAGAGAGAGGAAGUGGAGAGGUUAGUUAGAGAGUUAAUGGAGGGAGAGAAGGGUAAGGAGAUGAAGAAGAGGGUGAUGGACUUGAAGAAGAAAGCUGAGGAGGCCACUAGUCCUAGCGGAGGCUCUUCUGUCUUGAAUUUGGACAAAAUGCUAGAGGAAGUGCUUCUGUUCCCUCACAAAGUAUCCUUGGCUUAGAUUUAGCAGCUAUAUAUAAUUAUGUGGGGUUUGAUAAAUUUCCAUUUCAGUUUCAGUUUUUAUGUCACUUGGGAGUGUUCUGUCACUCACCUAGUUGAACAAUGCAACAAUUCUCAGUUAUGAUUUCAGGUGGAAUUCUAUUGCAUCCAUUCAAAGUUUCAGAUAUGUUUCAAUAAUUUGUUGCAUAUUAUAGGACAAUUUUUCAAUAAUUAGUCACACAUUCAUGCUCUAAUGCAAGGAUGAUGAUGGUGAU